AUGCGGAUGAUGGCUACCACGUUCAUAAAUGAUGGGAACUUGUUGUUGAGGAAGAGGAAGGAAGUUGAUGAGCACUCGAAGAACAUUGAGAACCUUCACUAUCAAAUGGACUGCAUCUUUAUAGCGCUGAAAACAAAAACUGAUGAGAUUGCAGAAGUGAAAGAGAUAGUUGCUGGUCUUGUGGAACGUAAUGUCUAG